GCUCGCGCAGGCGGCGUUUCACAGUUGCUUCUUCGGCACUGCAAACCACCGACGGAAGGCGACCGAUCUGGCUGCCCCAGCUCUCGUCGUAAGCGUAGAUGAGUGUAACCGGCACGCCGAAGUGGAUAAACUUCCCGAGGGUCGCCAUGGAAGCGGUGAGCAUGCUGGCGGCAGCGGCUGCCCUGCUGGCCCCGGGGAUCAACUGGACGCUGCCCAACGAGCCGCCCGUGGACCCGGCCUUGCUGAUGACGACCGAGGAGCUGUGCAGGCAGGAGGGCUUCCGGUGCGAGACGCACUCCACGGAGACGGACGACGGCUACCAGCUGACGGCGCACCGCAUCCUGCCAGCGGCGGCCGCCAGGGGCGCUGUGCUCGUCAUGUCAGGGCUCAUAGGCUGCUCCGACAACUUCGUGCUGAUCGGCAGGAACAAGUCCUUGGCAUAUAUGUUGGCGGACGCCGGAUAUGACGUAGUCCUAGGCAACCAGCGCGGCUGCGCCUACUCCAGAAGGCACCGCAAAUGGACCCGCAGGGACCCACAGUACUGGCGAUACACGCUGGACGACGUGGGGCGGUACGACAUGCCGGCAUUGCUGUCGCUGACGCGACGCCUGACGGGGAAUCCCCGCGUCUUCUUCGUGGGGGUUAGCGCGGGCGGCAACGCAUUCUACACGUGGCUGGAGCUGGUGCCGCGCAUGCGCUCCGUCGUCAGGGCUGCCUUCCUCAUGGCGCCCGCCGUGCUCUUCACGCAGCGACACAGCCAGCUCCUGAAGGCCAUCGCCUUGUUCCCCGAUAAGGCCAUCAGCGAUUUCGGGAAGAACGCUGACGAGAUGCUGGGCCGGCCGCCUGGGUUUGUGCGGCUAGCCUGGCAGAUGUGCCGCCCAGACUCACCCACGAGGAGCACGUGCGAGUCCCUCGUCGAGAUCCUGACCGGACUAAACCCAUCCAGGAGCGACUUCUCACGGCUGGAGUUCUUCGUGGCUCACAGCCUCUGUGGAAGCUCAACAACAGCGCUUGCCCAUUACGCUCAGAAUAUAAAGACUGGGAAGUUCCAAGCGUACGACUGGGGGCGCGAAGAAAAUCUGCGGCGCUACGGACGCAAGGCACCGCCGGAGUACCGCCUGCAGAACGUCUCCACCCCCAUAGCCGUGUUUGUCGGCAAAAACGAUAGAUUCGUCUCUUACCAGGACGCACUGACGCUGAGCCGUGUGACGUCUAAGAACAUUGGUAUGUUCCUGAUGCCGCCGGAGGAGUUUGACCACUUUGAUUUCAUAGGCAACAAGGAAGCUCAUCGCUACGCCUACGAGAAGAUAAUCGCUCUCAUGAAUGAACAUGAAGACUCAGAAGAACAACAGUGACCUCACGUCAUCUUAAUUACGUUACCAGUUACCAACUCGCAUUCAACAACAAUGUAAUUGAAGAGUCCCAAAUUCGAAACAUCACGAAUGACACGUAAUGUUUCUGGUGUACAAUUCUGGAACUCUGGAGUAAUCUCCAAAGUGUGUCCCAAAGGAUUUAACUCGUUUUGUAAUUUUUGACAUUCGUUCGUACAAACACUGGGGUGAUACGAAACUUCUGCUUUGUACCUUGUUAUCACAAAUUAUUGAUACAUUGAGUAUCAUCGAACUGUCAUAGUCCACCAGCGCACGCAGUAAUAAUCUCACAGCCUAGGCAAACCUUAGUUUACCAUUCAUUCGUCGACCUGACGUUAAAAUCCAAGCCAUUUAAGUUGCAUGCGGCUUCACUGAAUAUUUUUAGCGGCUUCUGUGUGAAACUGGAACGUCGCUGUUCCCAUGCCAACGUCAAUUACGUCGAAUACCCGUAAAAACUUCACAUCACAACACGUUAACCAAGCAUCCCAUGAGCUGUUUACGUACUGGUGCCCUAUUCAAUUAAUUAGCUGCUAGGCAUCCCUGUCUAAAGGUGUCCAGCAUCCACCACUUAACAUAGUAAAACUUUAUUAGCUAAUUAAAACUUCCGGGCUGAAUUGCCUGGUCCAUAUAUAAAACUGCUUCUCCUUCCUGACGCUUCGUUGCCUACUGCGGGCAACAUUUUCUGAGGUGAGUCGCCGACAAUAUAAAGGCAAAUGCCUUGUGACUGUAAGUUAUACAGUGAAUGUAUUAUAACUUUAAUAUGAAUCUUCACUUUUAUAAGUUAUGGAAACUUUCGCAACCGUAUUUCUACUUUAGUUUAAUAGAGUAAAUUGACAUUUUUCAAUUUCUUAAAAAACAAUGCCACAUACUCAAAGUCUGAGAAUUCUUUUUUCUUUUAUAGUCUUCGUUCUUAGCUGUUCUGUAUCAUACCAUGUCCGUUAAUAUUGUAUUUAAGCAAGUAACUGUACUCAGUUG